ACCCCGAUAUGAUGCGCGAAAGUUGUAGGUUUCGCCGUGUUCCUAAACAGACAUUUCGUGAUUAAUUAUAGUGAACAAAAAAGUAGAUUUCCUACUCUGUAUUAGUUUCGAUUAAAAUUAUACAUUUUUUGUAAAAAGUGUCCAAUAGUGUCUCCCUUUUACUUAUACGAACCUGCUUAGGCGUUGCAGUUUGGUAAUAGAAAGUCAUUGACAAAUAUAAAUUGAGUAUCCCGCACAAUAUACAAAUACGCACAAAUAACGCAGAAUUGGUGCCAAUCAGUCUUCAACAGAAGGAUUUGCUUGACUUUGAAGACGGAUAAGUUUUUACAUCGCGAAAAUGGUCGACUUCUAUAUCUACGCAAAAGAUAAUUCGGGUUCAACUAUCGACAACAAGUAUUACCACAACAACGGUGUGAAAACUAUUGAACAAUUCAAGAAUGAUGUAGAAAAAAUUAAGCAAGAACUAUUGAAUGCUGAAAAACCAUCGACAGAAUCCAAAGUUAUUUACUUGCACUGGGGUGACCGGUGCGACGAAAUUGACGAAGAUAUAACUAGAAUAACAUACCUCAAACACAUGGGCGAUUAUCAAGGUACAUAUCCGAAAACCAUUGUUGACUGGUUAAAAGAAAACUAUGACAUCUGUAAUGAAAAUAACAAAAUCAGGUUGCUGUACAUCAUCACGGAUGGUUUGAUUGACGAUAAUAGUUCAAGAGAGUGUAUCGGUUCUAACCAGAAUAUGCAUUACGAAACUGUCGUGUUCCAUGCGUUUAAUGAAGAUCGGGAUCAAAUCGAUCUUUCCGUAGCAUCGUCUUUCUUUAAAAGCCGUUGUAUGGUUUACUGUAAUUACGAACUUUAUGAUAGCACUGACAUUUCCGUUGAGUUUGACUACGACAAAAUAAAUAUUAAAAACUUUGAUUCCGAAAAAGAUAAUUUAAAAUCGUACAUUAAAUUGAAGUUUCUCACUAAAUCCAAACGAGAUGCCAGUGCUUUGCACGAGAUCGACAAACUGAAGAAGCUACGAGCUCGAUUAUUUGAGGAGUUGACAUCGGAAUCGAACGUAAAACAUAACCAAGUUAACCUAGAAACAAAGGACAAAAGUUUAUUUCUACUUGAAUUUGUUCGUACCGAUUGGUAUAGGAGUCUCUUUAUUGACGUCCGUGAGAUGACGGUUGAAGUUGAGAAAUCUAUUGCAACGUUGAUCAAUUACAUCGUCAGCGAGACUAAAUCUUUCUCGUUUGACGCGUUGAAGUUUGACACGAAGUUUAACAAGUCCGUUGAAGAGGAACCGAUCCUUGACGUCAACUUCCCAGCCGAACAAGAAAUAGCUUUCCCCGAUAUAAUUCUGGACGACGACAAAGGAAUCCCUGUUGUAAUUUUGACAAAAUUGAGUUUGCUGGACAAGAUUAUUUUCCACGAAAACAGUUCCUCGGGUGAAGUCAUGCCUGCCAGUUUUAAUAAAUUCAAAUCAAUGAUGGAGUGUCCGUUAUUUUUGAUGAACGAUAAAGACAUCAGUGAGUCAAUUGGCUACUUUUACACUUUGAAUGUUUACAAACAUUUUUUGGAAAACAAUAUUAACACUGAACCGCGAACACGAAGACCCUUUCAUGGCGGCCUUGUGCUGAUAGACACAGAUGAAUUCGAUAGAUACAACGACUACAUUCUGUCGGCGACGUACUUCGAUUCCAAAAAGAUUAACUUCAAUGUUGGGUUGUUCUACUACGUGCUGUGGAAGAACUGUGAUAACAAAGAAUGGAUGGAUAAAAAUGUUGUCGCACAGUUCCAAAAGUAUGCUAUGCGACGAAUAAGUCUAACAGUCUGCAAAAUUGGGCUGUCAUCUUUGCCAUUAGAUCCUCAAAUUAACACAUCGCUGCUAACUGCGUUGUGGUACUGCGUUGAACUGUCUUCUUGUAUUUUCAAAGAUGAUGCACAAAAUUUCAACCAAGAACGUUUAAGGAUGUUCUAUGGCGUAGCCCAUUGUAUGCUUGAAAUCUUGGAGUACUUUAACUAUAAUCUAGAUUUAAAAUCUAUUGAAAGACGUAAAGAACUAAUCAGCCAUGUGAUGAUUUUGAAGAGAAUACAGAAACGUAGGGAGAAAGUUUACUAUUUGUUGGAAAGGAUCUUUAAGACUGCGGAUGGUUUUCUCGUCAGUGAAAUUGAAAAGCCGUUUAAUCUCUACAAGCUGAAUUAUCUUAAAUUGAACCACAAAGAAAUUUUGCGCGACGAUGUAGUUGAAGAAACGGUUCAUUUGAAUGACUAUGUGCAUCUGAUGCAUUUCGUAGGUAACUUGGAAACUUCUGCAGCCGGCAAAAGCACCCAUGAAAUUUGCGAUAAGACAUUCCGUCCUUUCUUUACUAUCGACCAAAAUAAGUCAUUUUACACAGAAUUGGUCAAUAUUACUAAGAAAGUAGUUAUCAGCAACGACGAUGAUAAAAGAAAAAAUUAAAGGUAAACUACGAGUCAGCCGACACGCUCGAGUUUGAUAGAAUUCUAUCUCUAUACAAGCUGUUUAUUAGGUGCGUGAUAGAUUUGGAGAAAUAUCCCGCCUUGUCUGAGUAUAUCGAUUAUAUUUCUAAAAGAAAGAAAUAUAACAAUGAUUUAGUAACUAUUUUCCCGUCCAAUGUUUACAACAGCAUUUUAGAUGUGUAUACCAAAUAUCAGAUGAUAGUGACAAAAGUAGAUGUUAGUACGUUUAUUAUGGUGUGCAAAAGGUACGUUAGGCGAAUUGAACGUAUCAAAGCCGAAGAAAGAAUAAAAUUUGGUAGUGAAGAUGAAAUUAACAAAUUUAUUUCCACCGAGGAGUCAAAAGUUAAUUUGAAAAGAAAAUGCAGAAUAAAUGAAAGCAAGAAAGUCCAUGCGAUAGCUUAUUGCUGCGAACAAAAAUUAUCUCAAUUUCAGUUACUACUACAACAUAGAAAGUGCAACACAUACAUAGCUUCAUUUCGUUAUUAAAGCAUACAUUACAUUCAUUAAGAAUAAUAUUUGGUUAGUGUCCUUUUUAUACUAAUUUUUUAAUGUGUGUGCAAUAAGAUUUUUUUAUUGUAUAGUACAUCAAACGCUUGGCUGUUUACGCCCACUAGUCUGCCAAACACAGCAGUUUUUACAAAUGUGUGCAUGAGUAAUUAAUCUUAUAGUUUAUAAUAUUAUAUAUAGUGUCAUUACUAGGUAUAUAUAUAAUGACAUCCUGUAUAACAAAUUAAGAGUAGUACUUAAAACAAAAUAACAUGUAAAACUGUACAUAGAUAUUAGAUUAUUACAUGUUUAGCCAUAAUACAUAAUAUUGAAAAGACAAUUAAAAGAAAUUAAAGAAAAUUCAGCUUUUAUAUUGUAUUCUACAUUAUACGAAUUCAGUGAAUUAUUGUUUUAAAAAAAUCUCAUUUUGGCAUAGCCAUUAAGUUUAUUAUCUUGUAAUAUUAUUUAGAAUUUUUAAGAAUAUCUUUAGUCUAAAAUAUUGCAUGUCAUUAAUGACAGAGUGUGAGAUCCUGAUUUUACUUGUACUGCCUAUUUAUUGUAACCCAUCGAUAUAUGUACUACGUACUAUACGCAAAUGUUGUUACCUCAUUCUAGAAAAUAAAAGUUUAUUUCAUUUCAUUACUAUGGAAUAAAGGUAUCUAAGAUUGUACAAGGAGCAUCCUUUAUAAUAUAAUAUUGUCUAAAGCUAUUACGAUACAGCAUUUAUAAUAUGUAAUUAAUAAUUAAGAUAUUAUGUAAUUUUUUAUUUUAAUAAAAUAUCUCA